AUGGAUCCCAAUGCUGGCUUUCCUGCUGGCUUCCCCAUGCCGACCCAAAGUCCCCAGAACCAAAUGGCGUUCUAUCCGAACUCGGUCCCCCAGUACCCCCAGUCCAAGACACCACAACAAACUGGACAACAGCAACAUUCCUUCGGCGCCAUGCCUCUGCAGCCAGGCGGUCCCAGUGGAGCUAUGAUGCCCCAAGGCUUUCCUCAACAGUCAACUGCAGCACCAAUGGAUGCUUUCUCGGCGUCGUUCAAUCAGCCUGGCAUCCCCGCAUCGAUGCCUCAGUACACGCAACCUGGUACCGCUCCCAGCCAACCCUCCGCUGUCCAACAGACCUUCAACCAAAAUAUGGCUACUAUAAAUGCCAACAUGCUUGCCAACCAACCGAAGCCUCCGCAGAUGAACUCCCAGAUGAACUCUCAAAUUAAUUCACCUCAAACCACCCAGCCCGGGACCCCUGAGGUCGUGAAUCUACAAGCGGCGGGGAAGGCAGGCACUGCGCCUACCGCGGACGCAAAUACAGAGCAGGGUGGUGCCCCCAAGCCCACUCCCGCAGAAGCCGAGCCAGGAAUAUAUUGA